ACCAAACCAGCCACAAAAUGUCACGUUGGGGUGGCAAACAAAUUGUGGUUCCUUUGGAAACCUCCAAAGAGAGCACAAAUCGUCCCACGGUAGCCCGUUCCCUGGGUACUAUGGGCAAAUGGGGUAAAAUGGGUUUCACCUCCACCCGAACCUACACAAUGUCUGCCUUACCGGCAGCAGUAGCAGCGGCCGCUGCUGCUGUCGCGGCAGCCAGCCCCCAGGAAAGUCCAGCAUCGCAUAAAGAUGAUGAACAAUCAUCUUCCGCUGAUCCUCCAAAGCCACGUAAAUUCUUCAAAUCACGCAAUACCACACCGCCCGAAGUUAUAGCACAAAUUAUACAACAAAUACCCCGUACACCUGCUUCGCCAACACGUGAUUCCAGCACCACAGGUGGCUCGGUAAUGCCCUCCUUCUUAGGCACACCCAUACGGGAACCGAUUAAAAUGAAAAUACCCAAAACUAAUUCUGCAGAGCGGAAAAAGAAAUCUCCAAAAAAGGCAUCAAAGAAAUCCGGUACCACAACAUCAGAUGGUGGUGGUACGACAUUGGACGAUAGUAUAACUGAGGAUCACAGCGAUGUUGAAAAAGCACCACGUCCCGAACCGAAAUCCAGCAAAAAGAAGAAAGCCGAAAAAGAACUUAAACCUGAAGCACCACCAUCACGUAUAUUGGGCAGGGCACGUAAAGCCGUCAACUAUUGUGAAGAUGAUUAUGAUGAUCGUAUGCCUACACCCAUUAAAGAUAUUAUAGUGCCCAAACAAAAGAAAGCCGAAAAGGUGAUUAGUGUCCAAGAGACUCCACCACCAACGCCUGCUCAUAAAGUCGAUGAUGUUUAUGCUUCGUGUGAUACACCAGAACCGGUAUUACCGCCACCGGCUGUGCCAACACCACAGCAUCAGCAGCAACAACAACAAUCACUGCAGCAGCAGCAACAUCAAACACAGAACAUUGUAAAUAGUGCAGCUUCCAAAACGCCCGAACAUCCUCCAAUUGUCUUGCGGAUAUCGAAGGGUACCUCACGCUUAGUCAGUACAGAUAGUGAAGAACAACAACCGAAUGCUUCCUCAUCAACGCCUCCAUCGGAACCCACAACGUCUGCUGCUAACACACUUCUCACUGAGACGCCGCAGACAUCGCUGUCGCUGUCAAUAGGUAAAUCAUCUCGUCAAGCCUCCGUAGAAGAUUCCACAACACCCGCCGCCGCCAUAGUUACAACACCGAAGAUUAUUGUAAAGCCUUUGAAACCACCACCUCCAUCGCCUUCACAUCAUCAUCAUUUAACUGCGAGUGGACUUAGUACACACCACGAAGAAGAAGAGGAGGAGGAAGAGCAGGAAGAAGAAGAAAGCGAAGGUGAAGAGGAAGAAGAGGAGGAAGAACCCGAGCCAGAACCAGAACCACCAGAAAUCAACUAUUGCACAGUGAAAAUAUCACCCGACAAACCACCAAAGGAACGCUUGAAAUUAAUCAUCAAAACCGAUGUCAUACGAAAUGCUCUAGCAGCUGCUGCCGCCGCUGCAGCCAAGGCCAAAGCAAAGAAAGAACUCCUCGAAUCUUCAGGCAAUGCUGGACGUUCUGGAAAGGAGGGCAAAACAAAGAAAAAGAAACGUAAGCAUCUCAAGCACUCGGCGGUAGAACAGUUAGCGCCCCAACAAGGUUGCUCAACGAAUGAAUUUAAAAUACCUUCGCCACAUCCCGCCAGCAUACACGAACACCAACAAACCCAUACGACGUCAGCACAUCACCCGCCAAAUCCUUUAAUACCCGCUGCUGCCGCUAGUGCUGCACCAUCACAUUCGAAUGCUAGAACAAUUGUAUCUCCCGCAGCAUUAUCAGAACGCGACUUUGAUUCACAAUCCUCCGUCUUGGGUAGUAUAUCGUCAAAGGGCAAUAGCACGCCGUUAGACAUACAACCACCACCGGAAGAAAGUUGCGUACUGCAUAGCAGGGGCUCUAGUGUGAUAACAAGUGACCUUGAAACAAGCCAGCAUUCAUCGCUGGUGGCACCACCAUCUGAUAUUGAACUAAGACUGGAAUCCAUGAUGAUGGACGGUGAGAGUAGUCAGCAGCAAAGAACGUCUGCCACAUUCGUUGAAGCCGAACCAUUACAAGAAGAUAUUUUAGCUGUGUUGAGGGGGGACGAAACCACAGCCGCCAUGGAUGUGACAAUGCAGGAUGCUCAAACGGCACAACCGCAAGCACAAACUGUGGUCAAAGAAAAUGGUCUAGACCAAGAGGUGAAUGAAAACAUACCAGCGGCGGACGCAGCAGCAGAUGUAGGUGGCGUGGAUACAUCAGCACCAACUCCGGUUGUAACGACCCCGGCCAAGCGAACGAGAGGGAGACCGAAAGCCAACUACGUUGAUCCACCCGAAGAUGUGGAUACUGCUCCAGUGCAAUCGACAAGAACGCGAGGUCGCAAACCAGCUGCCGUUUUACAACCGUCAGCUUUGGUGGCCGAGGAAACACCAGCCACAAAUAAACGAGCAACACGAAGGGGCAAAAAGGUGGUCGACGAACCCAUGGUUAUGGAUGACACAGCCGCAGCAAUACAGCAAACGACCCCAGCAAUUAUGGAGGAAUCCUCACCCAACAAGUCUGAGGAGGAAAACAAUCCUGUAAUAGCGCCGGUGGUAACAACAAGAAGAGGUCGGGUCAGUCGUAAUGCCAAUAAUAAUAACAACAAUCUCAACAACAAUAACAUUAACAAAAUUGCAAUAAAUCUAACCGCCAAGGCGAACAAUCAUCAAGAUUCUGUAGCAAAUCACAAGCUUUCCUCACCAUGCGAAAGUACGGCAGCAACAACAGCGCCAGCCGCCAAUCCUCCACCUGCAGUUACACAAAAAAGCUAUGGCCGCAAACGCAAGAACCAACAAACGACACAAGUUCUACAACCCACAGCCCAGGAGGACAACGAAGACUACACACAUCCCCCGCCCGCCAAACAACUUAACUUAGAUUUGCCAUCAACGGACAACAUCGACACGCAAAUUACACCCAUUCAGCCUUUCAAUGAAAAUCGCCUCACACCCUCAUUGGAUAUACAGGAGAACAACUCCCUGGAUUCGUGUUCCUUACCGCGGCCGCCUAGUAGUUUAGGUGGCGGUGACCAGCCCUCGUUAUCGCCUCCACUAAGAGAUUACAAAAUAAAGGAUAAGUUCAAGCGAACCCUAACCCUAGAUACGCAAGUCAACAACACGGUAGUUGUAAAACAGACCGAUUCAUCUUCGACUAGUGCCGUCCCCUGCAACAACAGUAAUUCUCAACAGGUGGAACCGGUUAAAUUGGUGAUAUCGAAAAAGAAGGGUAGCAUAUUCAAGAGCCGGGUUCCCUCCGAGCAAACCGAACAGGCAGGCAAGCGUCAUUUGUAUAAACAUCGAUGGGAAGCAUCUGCCAAUGGCGAUGCAAAUAGUGAGGAUAACAGUGCAACAGCUCCAGCCGUCAACAAGCCGGCGGAGGUGAAAAAUACCAAUGCCACAGUCGAAGCCAUAUUCAAUGACUUCAACAGCGACGAAACACGCAGCAGUCCGGUACCUCCAAUAAAGAUGACCCGAGUUAUUAAACCCAAUCCACAAGCUAUACCUUCCAUGAAUUCGGGCAUGGAUGACCCCAGCGCCGACACGAUUACUUCGGUGAAAAUCGAUCGCAAAGCAAAGGAAUACUACACCGUGGUACGAAAUGUCAAGACCGCCCAUCAAAUUCAAGAAAUUGGUGAAUACCAAGAAAUGGACGACGAUGUUGAGUAUAUUUUGGAUGCCUUACAACCGCACAAUCCCAUGUCUACUCGUUGCCUGUCGGCCCUGCAAUUGGCCACCAAAUGUAUGGUUCCUGCUUUUCGUAUGCAUGUCAGAGCUCAUGGUGUUGUCACCAAGUUCUUCAAGGCGUUAUCGGAUGCCAAUCGUGAUCUCUCACUGGGUCUGUGUACCACAGCAAUUAUGUAUAUAUUAUCGCAAGAAGGUUUGAAUAUGGAUUUAGAUCGGGACUCAUUGGAGUUGAUGAUGUUACUGUUGGAGUCGGAACAAACGGUGGCAGCACCAGCCGAUCAUGCCAACUAUGAACGUAACAAACAACGAGUACGUGAGCUGUGUGAGGAGCUCAAGGGCCAGGGUAAAGGUACCCAUUUAAAUGUUGAUUCCAUAACUGUGGGAACACUGGCCAUGGAAACCCUGUUGUCACUGACCUCUAAACGGGCAGGUGAAUGGUUCAAGGAGGAGCUAAGAGAGCUGGGCGGUCUGGAGCACAUUAUAAAAACCAUCAAUGAUUGUUGUCGUCCCGUCAUCGAUAAUGUGUACAGUGAAACUGGUAUCAAUUGGACACGACCCUUGUUGGAUAAUAUGCAAACCGUGGAACGGUGUUUGCGAGUCUUGGAAAAUGUCACCCAACUCAAUGAGGAAAAUCAGAAAUAUAUUCUCACCUACAACAAUGGAUCAGCGGCUACCACACUCUGUUCCCUUUAUUCGUUGUGCAAUCGUGAAUUAAUUAUGUAUCCCACCUCAGAAUUUACAUCGCGCGAUAAUCCCGGAAUUGUAAUUCGUGAAUUGUUGAUACCGCUGAUGAAGGUGCUUAUCAGUCUGACGCAUUCAUUUAGUCCGACUAGCACAAUGGGAGCGGAAUUGGUGGGACGGAAACCCGAUGUUAUCGAUACAAGUUUCCAUUUGCUGCUAAAAGCGCCAAACUACAUUCCGGAACGUUGUGUCUUUGAAUUGAGCAUAUUGUCUCUUUCAUUGCUCAACAAUCUAACAAUGCACACGCAAGAAAAUCGUGAUCGUGUUAUGAAGGCAUAUGCGCCUUCUGACUUCAGUUUGGGACAUCAUGAUCCAAUGCAACACAGGGAAUCGGCAAUAUCCGCGGUAAUGGCUUAUUUCUAUAAAUGUGAAGAAUUGGCUAGAUUGGUUGAAAAGAAUACAGAUGCCUUCCUGGAUAAUCAGGAUAAAAAUAAAAAGAAACAAGAGGAAGUUGAUGAGACUGUUAAUAAUUUACUACAAAAAGCUGGCCACCAUAUGGAACAUUCCCUUAAAGGUACCUAUACCGCAAUAUUAAUUGGCCAUCUCAUUACCGAUAAUGAAGAAUAUGAGGCUAUUGUACGCUCGCAUGUUCAUGGCAAUGGUUUUAAGGAGAUCAUCGGUGUAUUGGAGAAAUAUUAUAACUUUAUGAAUCUAACAGCCAGUGCUGAGGCAUCCAUUGUGGCCCACAUAAAAUCUACACACAAAUUAUUGGAAUACUUUAAAAAACGAGAUUAUAUUAUGCAAGAAAUGAAUCAGGAUGAUGGAGUGCCGCUUAAUUUGGAGACACACCAUCAUCACCAUCAGGACUAUGAACAGGCGAAUACAUCGGCAAAUUGUUCAUCACCGACAACAACAUCGUCAACACAACGUGUUUAUAAGACCUAUAGUCAAAGAUAAGAAUUACUAA